GAGCAGGAGGCGGCGGCGGGAGCGGGCCCGCGGUAGCUGCGGCGGGCGAGCCCGGGGAGGGGGCGCUGGGGCUUGGAAGCCCCCGGGCCCCGGCCCGGCCGAGCGAGGACAAAGCCCCCUGGCCGCCGCUGCGGCCUACCCGGCGCGGCACAAAGGGCGAGUCGCGACACGCACCCAUCCCCCUCCCAGCUCGGGUGGCCCCGGGCCCCGGGCGGCGGCGGGGAGGUGGGGAAGCCCCGGCCACACCGCCCCUCGCUCCCCUCCCCCGGGGCCGGCCGAGCGCGCCGCCCCCGCCCCCGCCCCGUCUGCGCGUCCUCCCGGGGAGGGGUCGGGGGGCGCGGCGCCCCACAUAACACUCCCCCUCCUGCGCUCGGAGCCACCCCUCUCCCCUCCCUCCUGCAAACACCGCCGCCUCCCCUGCCACCGCCGCCACCUCGCCUGACGCUCCGCAGCUCGCCGCGGCCGGGGGGCGGUGCGCGGACCGUGCGCGCCAGGGGCGCCAGAUGUGCAGUCGCCGCUGCCGCCAGUGACCGAGCCGCAGCCCGAGCGGGAUCGGGCCGCCUCCCCGAUGCUGCGGGGGCGACCUUGAGCGCGCCCCGGCUUCCUCGGCGGGGACCCCGACACCGCGAGCGCCGUGCCCGGUCCUGCCCUCUCCAGCCCGGCUCGCCCCGCGUUCGGACAUGGAGGGGGCCGCUGCGCCCGCGGCCGGGGACGGCCCAGACUUGCGGCCGGGGGCGCCGGGCUCUCCCCCGGAGGCGGUGGCGGGGGCAACCGCAGCCCCCGCGGUGGCGGCGGCCCCGGAGCCCAGGAAGCCGCACGGGGUGAAGCGGCAUCACCACAAGCACAACUUGAAGCACCGCUACGAACUGCAGGAGACCCUGGGCAAAGGCACCUACGGCAAAGUCAAGAGGGCCACCGAGAGGUUUUCGGGCCGAGUGGUUGCUAUAAAAUCCAUUCGUAAGGACAAAAUUAAGGAUGAACAAGACAUGGUUCACAUCAGACGAGAGAUUGAGAUCAUGUCAUCCCUCAACCAUCCUCAUAUCAUCAGUAUUUAUGAAGUGUUUGAGAACAAAGACAAGAUUGUGAUCAUCAUGGAGUACGCGAGCAAGGGGGAGCUGUACGAUUACAUCAGUGAGAGGAGACGCCUCAGCGAGAGGGAGACCAGACACUUCUUCCGCCAGAUCGUCUCCGCCGUGCACUAUUGUCACAAGAACGGUGUGGUCCACCGGGACUUGAAGCUGGAAAACAUACUGCUUGAUGACAACUGCAAUAUUAAGAUUGCUGACUUUGGGCUUUCCAACCUGUACCAGAAGGACAAGUUCUUGCAAACAUUUUGCGGGAGCCCGCUCUACGCUUCUCCUGAGAUUGUCAAUGGGAGACCUUACCGGGGGCCAGAGGUGGACAGCUGGGCCCUGGGCGUGUUGCUUUACACCCUCGUUUAUGGAACGAUGCCCUUCGAUGGUUUCGAUCACAAAAACCUCAUUCGGCAGAUCAGCAGUGGAGAGUACCGGGAGCCCACGCAGCCCUCAGACGCUCGAGGACUCAUUCGGUGGAUGCUGAUGGUGAACCCCGAUCGCCGGGCCACCAUUGAGGACAUCGCCAACCACUGGUGGGUGAACUGGGGCUACAAGAGCAGUGUCUGUGACUGUGACGCACUGCACAACUCCGAGUCACCGCUCUUGGCUCGCAUUAUCGAUUGGCAUCACCGUUCCACGGGGCUGCAGGCUGAGGCUGAAGCCAAAAUGAAGGGCCUGGCCAAACCCGGGGCCUCAGAAGUCAUGCUGGAGCGGCAGCGGUCACUGAAAAAGUCCAAGAAAGAGAAUGACUUUGCCCAGUCUGGCCAGGACUCGGUGCCCGAAAGCCCAUCCAAGCUGAGCUCCAAGAGGCCCAAAGGGAUCCUGAAGAAGCGGAGCAACAGUGAACAUCGCUCCCACAGCACGGGCUUUAUCGAAGGUGUGGUCAGCCCUGCCUUGCCCUCUGCUUUCAAGAUGGAGCAGGACUUGUGUCGGACUGGUGUGCCCCUCCCAAGCUCCCCCGAGGCAGAGGUGCCAGGUAAACUCAGCCCCAAGCAGUCGGCCACGAUGCCCAAGAAGGGCAUCUUGAAGAAGACCCAGCAGAGAGAAUCGGGGUACUAUUCGUCCCCAGAGCGCAGCGAAUCUUCCGAGCUGUUGGACAGUAACGAUGGGCUGGGCAGCAGCAUCCCAUCGCCCAGCCCCCCAGACCCAGCCAGGGGCACUUCCCACAGCCUCUCCUGCCGCAGGAAGGGCAUCUUGAAACACAGCAGCAAGUACUCAGCAGGGACCAUGGACCCGGCCCUCGUCAGCCCCGAAAUGCCCACACUGGAAUCCUUGCUGGAGCCCGGCGUCCCCGCCGAAGGCCUCUCCCGGAGCUACAGCCGGCCCUCCAGCGUCAUCAGUGACGACAGCGUCCUGUCCAGCGACUCCUUCGACUUGCUGGACUUGCAGGAGAAUCGCCCUGCCCGCCAGCGCAUCCGCAGCUGCGUCUCUGCUGAAAACUUCCUCCAGAUCCAGGACUUUGAGGGGCUCCAGAACCGGCCGCGGCCCCAGUACCUGAAGCGGUACCGGAACCGGCUGGGAGACAGCAGCUUCUCCCUCCUCGUGGACAUGGACGAUGUGACUCAGGUCUACAAGAAAGCGCUGGAGAUCUGCAACAAGCUUAACUAGCUCCCCAGGGUGCAGGGGGUGGGUUGUGGGUGGGUUUUGGGGGAGGAGUGGGAGCAAUGACUUGUGCUUGUGAGCUGGUUACCUCUUUGCUGGCCAUGAUGAUAGACUGAAAAAGGAUUGGUACCAUCUUGCUUGGCCAAGUCCGCAGCCUUGCGCCAGCACCUGAAAGGGAGAAGUGGGUUCUCUGCCAGUCCUGCCAGCUGCCAGUCAGAAUUUGGGUCCGAAUUGGCAUUUACUUUGCGGCACCUCUCGGAGGACCGGCUUUCCGGGGGAGGUGGUGGUGGCCAGCGCUAAGAGGGUGGGGAGGAAGCAUAUGGGAGCGGCGGCGUUUCCCUAAACAUCAUCCAAAUGCUUCUGGAGGAGGGGCAAGAGAGCCUGGGGCCGUCUGCUUGGGGUGAGCUCAGAGCUUGCUUCUCUCCUCCUCCCAUUGGCAGGCUUGGUCUGACUGCAUGGGGUCGGCAAGUAGAUUUCAGCAACCUGAAGUUGAGUCAGUGAUUUGUUGAUAGUGGCUGCUGGGGGUGCUGGUUCGAGUCGCCUAGGCACAAUGGGAAGGAGUGUUGUGAUUGAACCACAGUGGUGCCAUGGGAGUGGAAAGAGAGGGUGGUAGUGCCCAAGCCACGUAGUCGCCAUCCUGGACCCAGCUCAGCCCUGGGAGUGUUGGGUCAAGGCAUCCUGUGGGCUCUGUGUUUGUCCUUCAUGCCGCUAGUGUGACCUUUGUUAAUUUGCUAGUCUACCUGGAAUGGAAGACAGGGCUUCGGUCAGAGGAGAAUGCUCUGAACACUGCUAAGGACUUAGAAGAGUCAGCCCGUGGUGAUUUGGGGGCUUUUUUUGCCGUAUGCCACUUCUUUCCUGAUGUCUGCCUUGCUCUUCAGCACAGCCUUCCAAGGAUGGACAGGGAAAAAGUUGGUGGCAUCAGAGGUCAAACCAUGGUGUGUAACUGAGCUCGGGACCCUCUGUGGUCUUUGGGCAGAUGAAUGGAAAUUGAUCCUCACCAGCAAGGGGGCAACUUGUCGCUUUCUUUAACAUCUCACUGUUAACUGGAAUGCUGCCUCUGGGGUUCUCACCUGCACGAAUUGGAUGUGAUGUUGCCAUAGGAGUCAUGGGCUCAACCAUUUACCCUGUUUACUAAUAGCAGAUGGGUUCCCAUCCACCGAGUGUGGAAUCCGCAGAGGCAGGUGAGUUUGCUUCCAGGGAGUUCGUGUUUGGUGGGAUAUUUGGAUGAGAAAAGGAAAGUUAGGCAGAAGGUACUCCCUCCCCCCCCCCCCCCCCCCCCCCGCCCAUAUCUAAGUAUUCUGUCAUGGGUUUGAACUCCUAGGCUUUGGGGGAAAAGAAAGCUGAAUCCAUUCAAAUGAAUAAGGUGUUGAAAGAGCAGAGUGGGUUGGGAGAAAGCGUACAGGAGAGGGAACAUUUCCCAAGGAGCCAUCCAGAUGGUUCUGGAGGAGGUAGGAAAGAGGUGUAGCAGGACUCUUUGGUUAAAAAGUAAUAAUACUAAGUAUUUAAUUUCUGGACCCCCAGACUGCCGGUGGUAAGAUGCCAGUCUCACAGUGGGACAUCUUCAGAUACUGGGUAUGGAAUUUGUGGUUUCUUUGGGGAAUUUGGGAUGACUUCAGAUCCUACUGGCCUGGGAAAAUUGAACCCUUUGAUGCAAGAUGGCCAACCUCUGGUAGCCACAUAGAUAUAUAAGGAGGACUAGUCUUGGGGGUAUUUUUGGGAAAACCAAUAGACAGUCGUUCAUAAAGAGAUGAGAAAGAAUUCACCUUAAGGCACUGAGAACAAUCAUUGGAAUGAAACUGCCCUUUUCUUGAGGAGAUGGCUCCAGUUGUCCCCUGUCGCUAGCUCUGGGGUUGUGGCUUGUGCGUGCCUUCAGGUUGAGCUGAGUGGUGCAUUACGGGAAGCUUCUCGAUUCUCUUUCCUUCAAUGCCGCCUCCUUCCUGAACUCCAGUAUAGGUUCAAAGGGAAAAAAAUCUGUAGAUAGCUAAUUGUGUGUGGGGGAUGUGUGGGUGCAUGGAGGGCAUCCUGCAGCCUGUGAGCUCCCCACUCCAUGUCUCAUUUCAUGCAACCUUUUCUGAACAGCCUCUACUGCCACACUGCUGGCCCGUCACGCGUGGCAGCUCGGCCAGCCUAGUUGGUGGCUGUCGGUAUGACUUAAGGUAUGACACCUACGAAGGUAUAGCGCCUACCUACUGGUUGACGUGUUUUUUCCUUUUGCCAAGUGAUUGCAUUUGUUUAAUAUUUUCCUUCCUUCUAAAAUGACACUAUUAAGGAACAUCACUCUGCUUCUCCCCCUCCCCCCAAAGCCCCACACCUGCAUGUUCUCUUUUGUCAAUAAACACCAACAGUGGGUUGUGGCAAAGACAGCCUCCACUCAGAGGCGGAGGUUCUGAGCUGAGUCCUGGUGUGCUGCUAACCAGUCGAUGGCCUUAGGCACCUGCAGUGUUUUGAGGGCUAAAUUCUCCCUUCAGCGAGGGCUGGAGGGGUGGAUUAGCCAGUCUCUCAGGCCCUGCCUGCUUCCGACAUUCUGCUAACGUCCUGUGAUUCUAGAUGCCAUGUUGACUGUGUCCUUUCAAGGAAAACCUUGGAAUAGAGAGAAGAGCUCUUGACGAGCAGCUCCCCUGCUUCCUGAUUAAGUCCUAUCGUCCCUACCAGUCAAUCCCCAACCAAGGAAGUCAUGCUCGAUUCAUUUCCAUGGAAUUUACAGGUGAGAGACACUUUCAUGACCUGGUGGACCAAGCAGGAGAAUCCAUGUCAGCUGUCCUGGUCCUUUCCCUGCCUCUGUGGGCCUCUCGGUGUCUUAGUUUACACAUCUGCCAAAGGAGUAGAAUUAUACUUCUUUUUACAGGUAAAUUUGAAGGCAUGAUCAGUUUUCAGGAAGUGCUUCAAGACCCUAGGCGAAAUGAAAAUGCUAAGUGCUCUCUGACUUUCCAUCCCUGUUAUAAGGUGCUGCUUCUUCAGAUGAUGGGGAGCCCUUUGCGGGGGGUGGGGAAUUCAGGUGAGUGUUGCUCUGGCCUGCUGUCUUGAGUACAAAUGUGAAUGAUCGACUGACUGCUUAUUGCCAAACUGGAAAUGUUUUGUAGGGAUUUACUGGCAUGGUAUCAUUCCUAGAAGAAGAAAAAAAAAAAAAAAGAGAGAGAGAGAGAAACUUGACUGCACAUUUUUUUUUUUUUUAAAUCCGUGUUGUGACUUUUAUUUAAUUUCUAUUUUUUUUUUGGUAAUAAAAAGUUGACUUUUUUAUUUGAAUUUGUCUUUUUUUAUUUAUUGGUCUGAAAGGCAUUUCAAAGGUAUUAUAAUAAUAUAUUGGUGUAAUUUAAUUGGUGCAACAUGCUUUAUGGCUCCAGUCAAAAUUGGUUUUCAUUCAUUUGAUUGGUUUGAGCCCAGAACAGCCUACAGGGGGGAAAAAGCUGGAUAACCACCCAAAGUGUGUGUAUUUUCAUUGGAAACUGAUUUUUGUUUUGUUUUUCAUUUUUCGUUUUGUUUUGUUUCCGUUUUUAUUUUUUAAAUUAAAUAAAUUGCAAUGAACUGAA